GUAUUGGUUUCUCGUAAAUUAAUUGGAAAAAGAAAGCGAUGGAGGAGCAUCUUUUUUCGUCAGUUCACUCGACGGUUUUCAAAGAGUCUGAAUCCCUGGAAGGCAGAUGCACUAAAAUUCAGGGUUAUGAUUUUAAUCAAGGUGUUAAUUACUCUCUUCUUCUUAAAUCUAUGCUCUCUACUGGCUUUCAAGCUUCUAAUCUCGGUGACGCCAUUGAAGUUGUUAAUCAAAUGCUAGACUGGAGGCUUUCUAAUGAGGCCAUAGCUGAAGACUGUGACGACGAGGAGAAGGACCCGGCUUAUAGAGAGUCAGUUAGAUGCAAAGUGUUUCUGGGUUUUACUUCAAAUCUUAUUUCUUCUGGGGUUAGAGAUACGGUUCGGUAUCUUGUUCAGCACCAUAUGGUACAUGUAGUGGUCACAACUGCGGGUGGUAUCGAAGAAGAUCUAAUAAAAUGCCUUGCACCCACUUACAAAGGUGACUUUUCUCUACCUGGAGCUCAGUUGAGGUCAAAAGGAUUGAAUCGCAUUGGUAAUCUGUUGGUUCCCAAUGAGAACUACUGCAAAUUUGAGGAUUGGAUCAUUCCAAUUUUUGACCAAAUGUUGAAAGAACAAAUUGAAGAGAAAGUAUCCUGGACACCAUCUAAGGUCGUUGCUCGGCUGGGAAAAGAAAUUAAUGAUGAGAGUUCAUACCUUUACUGGGCAUACAAGAACAACAUUCCAGUCUUUUGUCCAGGUUUAACUGAUGGCUCACUGGGGGAUAUGUUGUACUUCCAUUCCUUCCAGAGCCCAGGCUUGAUUAUUGAUGUCGUGCAAGAUAUCAGGGCCAUGAAUGGUGAAGCUGUCCAUGCAAGUCCUAGGAAAACAGGGAUGAUAAUUUUAGGAGGUGGACUGCCUAAGCAUCAUAUUUGCAAUGCCAAUAUGAUGCGUAAUGGUGCUGAUUAUGCUGUCUUCAUCAAUACAGCUCAAGAGUUUGAUGGUAGUGAUUCUGGAGCUCAUCCUGAUGAGGCUGUUUCAUGGGGAAAAAUUCGGGGCUCUGCUAAGACAGUGAAGGUGCAUUGUGAUGCAACUAUUGCUUUUCCUCUGCUGGUCGCUGAAACUUUUGCCUCAAGGAUGAUGCAGUGCGGUAACACUGGGUGUUAAUUUGAAGUUUCGUCUGAAUGAAGAUUUAUAUAUCAUACUGCACCAUUACUAAUCCUCAUGAAGCUAUUAUUUGGCUAAUUGCUUGUCUUAUAACUCUAUAAUUAACUUAAAAUUAUUUUAAGGGGCUAAAUUUAAGGAGGAUGCCACUCUUGAAAAAGGAAAUUGAUAUUCUUGCAUACCAUUUAUUUUAUUGCAGUUUCAGAUGUUGUAACUUACAAGAGUACUCGUAGCUUCUUUAUACAUGCUAAACAUUUUCUUUUCAUCAA